CUGUCUACUCUCUUCUUCUUCACAAAACCCUAGCUAAACUCUCUCCAAGGAUUAUUGAGUGUCAACAAUGGACGGAGUUUCUUACCAGCGAUUCCCGACCAUAAAGAUCCGAGAAGUGAAAGAUGAUUACUGCAAGUUCGAGCUCAGGGACACAGAUGCAAGCAUGGCCAACGCCCUCCGUCGAGUCAUGAUCGCAGAAGUCCCAACCAUCGCCAUUGAUCUCGUCGAAAUCGAUGUUAACUCAUCUGUUCUCAACGACGAAUUCAUCGCCCAUCGUCUAGGUCUCGUUCCUCUCACCAGUGACCGUGCAAUGAGUAUGCGCUUCUCUCGCGACUGUGACGCAUGCGACGGUGACGGUCAGUGUGAGUUUUGCUCCGUCGAAUUUCAUCUCAGAGCUAAAUGUAUUAAUGAUCAAACCCUAGAUGUUACCAGCAAGGAUCUUUACAGUUCCGACCAUACUGUUGUUCCUGUCGAUUUCUCUGAUUCCAGCUCUGCUUAUGGCACUACCGAGAAUAAGGGGAUUAUAAUUGUGAAGUUACGUCGUGGACAAGAGCUUAGGUUAAGAGCAAUUGCUAGAAAAGGGAUUGGAAAAGAUCAUGCUAAAUGGUCUCCUGCAGCAACUGUUACGUUCAUGUAUGAACCAGAAAUUCAUAUAAAUGAAGAGUUGAUGCAAACUUUAACUCUUGAAGAGAAAAGAGCUUGGAUUGAAAGUAGUCCUACUAAAGUCUUUGACAUUGAUCCUAAUACCCAACAGGUUUUCGUGUGUGAUCCGGAGGCGUACAUUUACGAUGAAGAAGUAAUCAAGAAAGCUGAAGCAAUGGGAAAACCUGGACUUAUUGAUAUCCGAGCUAAAGAAGAUAGUUUCAUAUUCACUGUGGAGUCUACUGGUGGAGUCAAAGCGGCACAGCUGGUUCUUAAUUCCAUUGAUAUUCUUAAGCAAAAGCUUGAUGCUGUUCGAUUGUCGGAGGAUACUGUAGAAGCUGAUGAACAGUUUGGAGAAUUGGGUGCUCAUAUGAGGGGAGGGUGAUUAUUGUCUGUUUUAUUGGGUUUUUUUGAUUUUGGAACCUCUUUUCUGGCUGAUUCUUUCGGCUAGAUUAGGCUAGGCUAGGCUCUCCCUCUAUGUUAAAUUUCUUCAUGUAAGGGUCUGUCUUUGACAUGCUGACUUGAUAGGUAUUUCACUUUGAUCACAGUUAAUUAAUAUCUAUAGUUCUUUGUGUUUCUCAAC